AUGUCUAACAUAUGGGUGGAUUUUCUCAGGAGCAUGUUUUUGAGUACUCCCCAAGACCUCCCUGAAAUCAUUCUAAUACUGUCUUUGAUCUGUACUGUUGGAGCAUUUGUGAACAUGUACUUGAAAGACUUUCCAAUUCCUCCUCCUGUGAUAUUAUUUUUGAUUGGAUUCAGUUUUGAAAUGCUAAGUUUUACAUCUUUCCAGGUUCAAAAAUAUGCAGAAGCUAUACAGUGGAUGAGUCCAGAGUUAUUUUUUGGUUUGUUUACACCAGUAAUUAUCUUCACGGUUGCAUUUGACAUGGAUGUAUACAUGCUCCAAAAGUUACUGUGGCAGAUACUUUUAAUUACAGUUCCUGGCUUUGUGGUUAAUUAUAUCUUAAUUCUUUGGUAUCUGCAAUCUGUGACUAAAUUACCUUUGAAGACCAUCCCAUGGUUACUGUUUGCAGCUGUCCUUGUGAGUUCAGAUCCCAUGCUGACUGCAGCUUCGAUAAGAGACCUUGGUCUUUCUAGAGGCCUCACGAAUUUAAUUAAUGGAGAAAGUCUGAUGACCUCUGUUAUAUCAUUAAUUAUAUAUAGGAGUGUUGUGAAUAUUAACUUGAAAAGAAAACUUAUGAUGAAUCAUAGCAUGGCCCGUGAUGUCAUGUCCGGAAUUUGGACAAAUUUUAUACAAAGUUUCUUAUUUGGAAUUAUAAAUUCAAAACUGAUGCAAUUGUGGAUGUCCACCGUUUUUGAUGAUGAUGUUAAUCACAUAAGUCUCAUCUUUUCAAUUCUGUACCUUGUCUUUUAUGUUUGUGAGUUAGUUGGAAUGUCUGGAAUAUUUACCCUGGCCACUAUGGGACUGUUUUUAAAUGCCACAAGUUUUAAACCAGGAGUUGAAUCACUUCUUCUUGAAUUCUGGAAUUGUCUGUCAUUUGUUGCUUUUCUUAUGGUAUUCACUUUCAUUGGACUUCUAAUUCCUGCAUAUGUAUACUUACAUAUAUCAUUUUCUGAUAUAUAUUAUUCAUUAAAUAUCUACUUCACACUGAUUAUUUUAAGACUUCUGGUCUUGCUAUUAAUGAGCCCCCUUUUGUUUCGACUCGGUAAUGGGUUCAGCUGGCGUUGGGCGUUCAUCAUGGUGUGGAGUGAAAUGAAAGGGAUGCCAAACAUAAACAUGGCACUUCUGCUUGCCUACUCUGACCUUUCUCUUGGAACUGAGAGUGAAAAAUCUCAAGUAUUAUUUCAUGGAGUGUCAGUAUGCUUAAUUACUCUGAUUGUCAAUAGGUUUAUUUUGCCAAAGGCAGUUACUAAACUAGGUCUUCGAGAUGUUACAUCAACAAAAUAUAAAUCUGUUUGCUAUACUUUUCAACAUUUCCAAGAGCUAACCAAAUCUACAGCCUCUGCCCUCAAAUUUGACAAAGAUCUUGCUAAUGCUGAUUGGAACGUGGUUGAGAAGGCAAUUUUGCUCCAAAAUCCAUAUGCGUUGAAGCAAGAAGACACGACAGAACGUCAAAAGGUGACAUGUCCAGAUUGUAACAAGGAAAUUGAUGAGACCCUCAACAUUGAGGCAAUAGAGCUUGCCAACAGGCGUCUCUUGUCGGCACAAAUAGCGAGCUACCAAAGACAGUACAGGAAUGAGACUCUGUCCCAGAAUGCAGUCCAGAUGUUGGUAGGUGCCACAGGAAGCUUUGGUGAGAAGAAAGGAAAGUAA